UAAACCAUAAAAAUAUUUGUGGUAGAGAGAGAGAUCAGAGAGAGAGAGAGAGAGAGAGAGAUGGAGAUGGUACCGUGGGUUCGUGUAUUGAUACUUGUGGCUUGUCUAUUUCCGGCAUCGGUCGAAUGCAUGGUUCGACACUAUAAGUUCAACGUGGUAUUGAAGAACAGCACAAAAUUGUGUUCUAGCAAGCAAAUUGUCACUGUGAACGGAAAAUUUCCCGGUCCCACAAUAUAUGCAAGGGAGGACGAUACCCUUUUGGUCAAGGUGGUCAACCACGUCAAAUACAAUCUCAGCAUCCACUGGCACGGGAUCAGACAACUUAGAACGGGGUGGGCCGAUGGGCCAGCAUACAUUACACAAUGUCCCAUACAACCAGGGCAACAAUUUGUAUACAACUUUACAAUCACAGGUCAAAGAGGCACUCUUUGGUGGCACGCACACAUCCUGUGGCUCAGGGCCACCGUCCAUGGAGCCAUUGUCAUUUUGCCAAAGCGUGGCGUCCCCUAUCCAUUCCCAAGACCUCACAAGGAAAAGGUUCUUGUUCUAGGUGAAUGGUGGAAAUCUGAUGUGGAAGCUGUUAUCAACGAGGCUUUGAAAUCUGGCUUGGCUCCAAAUGUUUCUGACGCUCACACAAUCAACGGCCAGCCAGGUCCUGUCUCAGGCUGCACCUCACAAGGAGGAUUUACACUACCAGUAGGAGCGAGCAAGACGUACCUCCUAAGAAUCGUCAAUGCUGCACUCAACGAAGAGCUCUUCUUCAAGAUUGCCGGCCACCAACUCACCGUCGUCGAAGUUGACGCCGUCUACACCAAGCCCUUCAAAACCGGUACCGUCAUCAUCGCCCCAGGCCAAACCACAAACGUUCUUCUAAACGCAGACCGAAAAGCCGGCAGAUACUUGGUCGCAGCAACGCCAUUCAUGGAUGCUCCGAUUGCCGUAGAUAACAAGACCGCCACCGCCACGUUACACUACUCCGGAACUCUUUCGAGCUCUCGCACCAUUCUCACAGCCCUACCGCCUCAAAACGCCACUUCAAUAGCGACCAACUUCACGAGCUCACUCAGAAGCCUCAACUCUAAAAAGUACCCCGCUAGGGUUCCUCUAAAGAUAGACCAUUCCUUAUUGUUCACCAUUGGUCUCGGAGUCAACCCUUGCAAGACCUGCGUCAACGGAAGCCGAGUGGUGGCCGACAUCAACAAUGUCACCUUUGUUAUGCCGAAUAUUGCUCUCCUUCAAGCCCACUUCUUCAACAUCAGCGGAGUUUUUACCGACGAUUUUCCCGGGAAACCGCCGGUGCCGUUCAAUUACACGGGGACGCAGCCUAGUAAUUUUGCGACGACGCAAGGGACAAGGCUUUACAGACUUGCGUACAAUUCGACGGUGCAAUUGGUGUUGCAAGAUACUGGAAUGAUAACCCCGGAAAACCAUCCAAUUCAUUUGCAUGGCUUUAACUUCUUUGUCGUUGGUAAGGGCUUAGGGAACUUUCACCCCAAUAAGGAUCCGAAGAAUUUCAAUCUUGUUGAUCCUGUUGAGAGGAAUACCAUCGGAGUGCCUUCUGGUGGAUGGACUGCUAUCAGAUUCAAGGCUGAUAAUCCUGGGGUUUGGUUUAUGCAUUGCCAUCUAGAAGUGCACACAACAUGGGGACUUAAGAUGGCAUUCGUGGUGGACAAUGGGAAAGGCCCUAAUGAAACUCUUCUACCACCUCCCACUGAUCUUCCCAAGUGUUAGCGAACGUGGCCAAUUCCAAGCAUUUCCCUUUGCAUUUGAAAGGAAAAUGAGUACUGCAAACAGAUCAACAGAGGAUAAGAGAGAAGAGUUCUUUUGAGUUAGCUAAAGGAAGCUGCUCACAGUUGAAUAAGCUGGCAAUAUUAAUGUUGCUCUUUCAUUUUUUUUUUUUCCUUCACUUUGUGGUUUGCCAG